AUGACUGACAGUUACAAUAGCCAAUUAAAUAGCCCCAGCGCUAGGUAUGAAUAGAACAACAGCCAAUCGUCUUCAUGAUGAGGGCGUGGCCUCAGAGUUACCUGGAUGAAGACAACUGCGGCUCGCGCUGAGUAGAUGAUGCUGAAAUCAGAUCAAUAAGCAAACAGGUGUUGAGCGAGCAUAGGUGAACAAAACGGGCUUUAUCUUUGCGCCAUCCUCAGGGGAAAUAAAAAUUAAGCGUGUAUCUGCUGUCAUAUGACCAAUUAUUGCUGUCAAUCUGAGGCAUGCUGAGUUUAUAAAGCCUUUGCUCUAAGAAUAACCACAUCCCUCGGCCUGUCCUCCCCCCCGCUGCUGCACUCAGCUGGCUGCCGACUCCACCAUGACAUCUGAAGUGGAGGAGAUGCAGAGGAGGGCCAAUCAGGUGACAGAUGAGUCAACAUUGCAUUUUGAAUCUUUACCUCCGACAGUCCCUUGAGAUCACCAGAAACUUGAAGCUUCUGUUGGAGGGGAGUAAAGAUGCAGGGAUCAGGACGCUUGUAAUGCUGGACGAGCAGGGAGAACAACUGGACCGCAUAGAAGGGGGCUUGGAUCAGAUCAACAAGGACAUGAAGGAGGCUGAGAAAAAUCUCACUGACAUGGCCUGGUGUUGUGGUCUGUGCAUCUGGCCAUGUACAAAAUUAAAGGACUUUGAAGAAAGUGGGGCGUAUAAGAAGGUGUGGGGUAAUAAUCAAGAUGGGGUGGUGUCUAGCCAGCCCUCCUCUCGAGUGGUGGAUGAGCGAGAGAAGAUGACUAUGAGCGGUGGAUAUAUUAGAAGAGUGACAAACGAUGUAAGGGAGGAUGAAAUGGAGGAGAACUUGGCCCAGGUCGGCAGUAUCCUUGGCAACCUCAGAAACAUGGCACUUGACAUGGGCAAUGAAAUCGACACUCAGAAUGUCCAGAUUGAACGCAUACAGAGCAAGGCCAUGGUCAAUGAAUCCCGCAUCAAUGAGGCCAAUCAGAGGACCACAAAGCUAAUAUCAAGAUAAAAAAUGUAGAAAAUGUCUUCUGUAGAAAAUGUGCAAAAUGACACAAACUAAUAGGCUAUCCAUCUUUUAAAUGACUAUUUAUGGAAUUUGGAUGACUCCCUACUGAUAUGAUAGUAAAUUAUUCAUAUAUUAUGGUCCGACAUAUACCUCUAUUUUUAAUGAAUGUUUUAUAGUCUUGUGAUUUAAACAUGUAUUGUAUAUAAAAAUGUUUUAGACUGCUAACUUGGUUUUUAAGCCUCCAAAACACUUCAGCUCACUAUUCAGACUUCAGGUUGUAUUGGUACACGUCUUUGUUUACUUUGAGUAACAUUCUUUUUUAAAUAAAUCCAAAUUUGUAGGGUG